AGUUAGAGAUAUAAAACCGUUAAACUGUUUGGAAUAUCUUCACCUAAAACAUUUAGGUAGAGUCGUGGAUGAUUUUACAUCACAAAUUGUAGUUGUCAUAUGCGUGCAGCAUGGGAGAACGAAAUUUCAACCGGUUUGGUGGGUGUCUGGGAAAGAACUCAACAAUGGGCAAAAACUUAAGGCUUUUGGAUGAUCUUCAUGUUCACAUUCUUGCUUCUCGUGAAUCUAGUUCGGGAAGGGAUACCAUUCGCAUGGAAUACCUUACUCUUCUUAAAGAAAUGACAGAGCCCCUGCCAACCCUGCCUAAGGCUGAAGCAGUUCAGCAAGUUGUGGAAUUGAUGAAUACAUACUCUAUCAGUCAAGAAGAUUUUGAUACUAUAGUAAAGUUAUCAAAAUUCAGGGUUCCUUGACUAUAUUGUUUUUAUGUUGUGUUUACUACAAACUGCUCUCAACGUGUGGUUAAUUUUUUGAUAUUAUAUGAAUCAGGGUCAUCCUAAAGCAUACAAAGAGCAAAGCUGAUUAGAAUGGCUCAA